UCGAGACAUACUUAACUUCGCCUGGCGUUAUUAUUACUUUUUAGAUUAGGCCUAUGGAGGACUAGAUCUACUACCUGUCAUUUAUCAAAGUUGAUGGCCCGACUUACUACUACGCCCCCUCGGGGCACGGAACUCUUUUCGAGUCAUCCAUCACGAGCUUUAGACGACUUUCUUUAUCAGUCACGGAACAAGUUAUAUUGGAGAGGUUAAUUCUGAAAUUAUUUAAAAGGGAAAGAUAUCAACACUGCCCGUAAGGGAAUUGUUUGAAGGACACUCGAUGAUUUGGGUUGUAAUUAUUCACCUUUUGCGUGUAAUCUAAGGUGUAAUUCAUCAACAUGUCUAAUGUUUCAUUGAACAGCUGUCAGAUAUACGGUGGGAUUUCUAUCGGAAUGGAAUGGAUCUAACGUUACACGUAAAAGAAUUUCCCCUUUUGGGUCAUCGUUCAGGUGUUCUAAAGGGUCUCCAGUUUUCCACCUUUUCCGCAAUCAAAUAUUCCUGUUUACACAAAAGAAGAGUGACCAAAACAAAAUAAUAAUAAUAAUCUUUUUGUUUUUAUCGGAUAGUGACGCAAUUUUAUCUGUCCUUUUUCUUGUUUGAAUUUUUGUCAUCGCCUGCAGCAGUGGAAACAACAGCAGGACGAGAGACGGCCCUUGUGGUUGAUAUAAUCAGCUGUGAAACACCCGUCCCAGCUCAUUUCCAAGUUAACCGGCGACCGAAAAGAAUCGCUUCUUUUCAAUUGAACUUCAAAGAAAAGUAUGUCGUUCUACAAAUUUUGUUAACAUCAUCAUCAUUAUGCCAAUUGCCAAAUUUUUGACGCUUAUUUUCGUGACCUGUGCUGUCGUCCCGCGAGUCAACGGACUACCCUUAAUCGACAAUUCAAAUCAGACAGAAAUUGAACACAAAGCCGACACUAAUGUGUUUCAUUACCUGAAACACUGGAAAAGUUAUCAUUUGUUCCCGCACUGGGUGUCUGAAAUCGGUGAAAUUGCUCUGUUCGCUUUGGAUUACGUGUGGCAUCACAACCUGGUUGAACGAAUCCAAGAAGUCGACGAUCAGGUCAGCGAAAUCAACGGCAAACUGGACGCCCUUUUGGCCACUUCUCCAUCCGCUUCUCAGCUGUUUUUCCAAAUCAAGAAAUCUUCGCUUCCGGAUGCUGGAUCGGCAUUAAUCAAAGAUCGCCAUUUCACAUUUGCGGAUGUUCCAACUGGGAAACCGGAAUUUAAGUGGCGGAAAAUAACAAAAGCAGACGACAAUAAAAGACAGAAAUAUUAUUAGUAGUUUGAUUGCCGUGCCAAGUAUUAAAAUUGAGUAAAUGGAUUUUAUUUUAGAAUCCGGAAUAGAAAAAAACAAAAUUUGAUAAAAAACGAACGGAAGAAAAAAUUCUUAAAAAAAAAAAGCAUUGUGCUAUAAAAAAGCCUUAGGGGGGGAUUUGAGGCUUCCGGGUAAAGCAAUAUUAGUAAUGUUGGUAUACGUAUGUUGGGCUAUUUUCUGUUUUGUGCAAUGUCGAAAUGUCAUUCCGCUUGUUCCGCUGGGCCGCGCGCAGGAAGAGUCGGCGCACUACGUGGAAAUCCCCCCCCCCCCCAUCAUUCCACAUGGGCGGUUUCUACAUCCCAUUGUUUCGUUAUUUAUUAUUGUCAGAGAAAAGAGAGAAAAAAUUGACAUUUAUUUAGCGGAAAGAAUAUGCUACACGGGGAAUUUCCUUUGACAUCCUUUUUUUUUGUUUUUAUUUUUUUUAAAUAAUAAUGGGGAAAUGUCGAUGGCUUUUUGUUUUUCUUAGUAAAACACAUUAUUAGACCCUCCUGUUUUAUCUUGUAAUUUUGGCAAAUAUUCUGAGAAUUAAAAGGCCACACGAGCUGAUCCUAUGUGGGUAAAUUAUGCCAAGUUCACUGAACACAAAAGAAAAUUCUUGUCCAAACCCGAGGGGAGAAAAGCCUCGAGGUUUUUUUGUUAAAUUAAAUUCCACUAGUAACGACUCCAUUACACGGGAGGAAUACGAACGACACGCCCAUCAACCGGCACUAUAAAUUGACGUACGAGCUGGGAUCCAUUACCAGGAAUAUUUCGCAUAAUCAUUAUUUACCGUUGUGGCAUGAAUCGUGUUUGCAAAAUUUAUUUAAAGUAAUACAAUGAAUUUGUUUGGUUUAGUAGAACUUUUA